AUGUCUAAGCUCUUUGGUUCUCUCUUGGUAGCCGCCUUGGCGGUUGGUGUCAUUGCUUCGCCCGUCGCCGAGCCCGCCAUCACCGAGGCUCCAAGCUUGGCUAAGAGAGCCACUUCUUGUACUUUCUCCGGCUCUUCUGGUGCUGCCUCGGCGAGCAAGUCGCAAUCUUCUUGCUCUACUAUUAUCCUGUCCAGUGUGGCCGUGCCAUCUGGAACUACUCUGGAUCUCAGUGACCUGCCCGAUGAUACCACUGUGAUCUUCGAGGGUGAGACCACUUGGGGAUACGAGGAAUGGGAUGGCCCACUCCUCCAAAUCUCCGGUACUGGUAUCACCAUCAAGGGUGCCAGUGGUGCCUAUCUCAAUCCCGACGGAGCUCGUUGGUGGGACGGCGAAGGCAGCAACGGUGGCGUGACUAAGCCCAAGUUCUUCUACGCCCAUGAUCUUACCGAUUCGACUAUCACGGACCUUUACAUUGAGAACACCCCCGUUCAGGCUGUUAGCAUCAAUGGCUGCGAUGGACUCACUAUCACUGAUAUGACCAUCAACAACGAGGCCGGAGAUAGUGAGGGUGGUCAUAACACUGAUGGUUUCGAUAUCGGUAGCAGUACCAACGUUGUUAUCACGGGCGCAAAUGUGUAUAACCAAGAUGAUUGUGUGGCUGUGAACUCUGGAACGGAUAUCACUUUCAGUGGCGGUGUCUGCUCCGGUGGUCACGGUCUGUCCAUUGGUAGCGUUGGCGGACGUAGCGACAACACUGUGGAUACCGUCACGUUCGAGAACUGCGAGGUCAAGAACUCUGUCAAUGGUAUCCGCAUCAAGGCCACUGAAGGCGACACUGGCUCGAUCACGGGCGUGACUUAUUCCGAAAUCACUCUGGCCUCCAUCUCGGGAUACGGCAUCCUCAUUGAGCAAAACUAUGAUGGCGGCGAUCUCAAGGGAUCCCCCACCAGCGGUAUCCCUAUUACCGACUUGACUGUGGAGAACAUCUCCGGCGUGGACGCCGUUGCUUCCGACGGAUAUGACGUUGUCAUUGUUUGUGGAUCAGGUGCCUGCUCUGACUGGACUUGGUCGGACGUUGAUGUUACCGGUGGAACGAAGUACAGUGGCUGUGAGAACGUUCCCAGUGUUGCCAGCUGCUCGUAA